AUGAUGAAAAGUCACGCACCGAGCGGUCAAUGUUGGGUAAUUUAUGCAUCUAAUACGGUGGACCACUAUUGUCGUGAUUGGAUGGAAACUAAACUAGGUAAACAAGAACUAAUCAAGACUGGUGGAGGCAUUAGUGGAACCCUUCAUCCUUUCAAUAUAUACCUCGAUGGACCUCACCAAGGUUUGGAACAAAAACUCAUCAUUUGUAAUAUUGAUCUUAGCCAACUUUGUAUAAUCCAAGUUUUCAUAGAUUCAGCUGGACACUACAGUCGACCUGAAGUUCGUCAGAAUGAUGCCAAUUACGCUCCAGUUUGGUCCAAUGAGAAAAUUUUUUAA